UGGACCUGAAGCCGGAUCCAGAUCCGGUGCUGGGUCCCGGGUGUUUGAGAGUCCGACGGGGCUGGAGAGGAGCGCGCACCGCGGGGCCUCGGCGGGUGAGGGGGCGACAGCGGGGCCGGGCGGGGCCCUGAGUGCCGCGGCCUGCCUUCCGAUUAUCCAACAGACAUCAGUGCAAAGAUGAAACCCGAUGAAACUCCUAUGUUUGACCCAAGUCUACUCAAAGAAGUGGACUGGAGCCAGAAUACAGCUACAUUUUCUCCAGCCAUUUCCCCAACACAUCCUGGAGACGGUCUGGUGUUGAGGCCUCUUUGUACUGCUGACUUAAAUAGAGGUUUUUUUAAGGUACUAGGUCAGCUAACAGAGACUGGAGUUGUCAACCCUGAACAAUUUAUGAAAUCUUUUGAGCACAUGAAGAAAUCUGGGGAUUAUUAUGUUACAGUUGUGGAAGAUGUGACUUUAGGACAGAUCGUUGCUACGGCAACUCUGAUAAUAGAACAUAAAUUCACCCAUUCCUGUGCUAAGAGAGGAAGAGUAGAAGAUGUUGUUGUUAGUGAUGAAUGCAGAGGAAAGCAGCUUGGCAAAUUGUUAUUAUCAACCCUUACUUUGCUAAGCAAGAAACUGAACUGUUAUAAGAUUACCCUUGAAUGUCUACCACAAAACGUUGGUUUCUAUAAAAAGUUUGGAUAUACAGUAUCUGAAGAAAACUACAUGUGUCGGAGGUUUCUAAAGUAAAAAAUCUUAAGAAAGACAUUUGUCAAAGGAGCUAAUGCACAAGGCUAUACUCUUUCUAGAGUUAAAAUAUUUUGUUGGUACAACCCAGUGACCUCCAUAAAUACUGGAUUAAAAACCAUUGUAAGACAACAAAUAUGACAUUUAGCAGAUUACUUUGGGCUGGUGGGGGAUGCUGUGAGUUUAGAUUACAAAUGAAUAUUAUAAAGGGGAUGAUUUUUAACCAAAGGAAUAUAUUUUCAACUUGAAUCUUUUCUUGCAUUGUAUUUUUCUAAAGUUUGGCUUCAUUUCUUGGUGGUCAAGAAUAUAGGUAGUAAGGAGUUAUAUGUCUGCUAUCUGUACUGCUCAUUAAAAGAAAAAUAAGGCUGUUUCUUAUUACAUUCAUAAAAUUAAUAUUUUUGUUUCAAAGAAACAUAUCUAAAUACCACUUAUGUAUUUUAACUAAAUGUACUGCAGUCCAACAUUUGUUGAUCCUAAUACUGUAUUGCCAACCUAGUCAGUAGCUAAAGAAGCAGAAAUGAAAAUUAACAUAAAAUGUGACAAGAUUCGAAGUAAAACAAUUUAAAUGUAUAUCUAAAGUUUAUAUAAUUCUAAUGUAAAGUACCACCUGUCUUACAUGUGAAAUAUAAUAAUUACUCAUUUGUUUAAAAUACCUAAGAGCAACUAUAAGGUACUUUUUAAUAGUUAAUUAGCAAAUCUGGGCAUACUGUGUAUUUCUAACCUGAUUUCUCAUCUUUUCAUGAAUAUCUGAAGCCUCUCUUCUGAGUAACAUUUUUAUGAAAAAUAGAUUACAAAGUUGAGUGGAUUAUUUAAAAAUGUAUCAUACUGUAUGUUAUAUGUUGAUGGAAUCUUUUCUAUUCAAUGUGAUUAUAAUGGUACUAUUAUUCUGAUAACUGUGCUGUUUUGAUUUUAUUUAUUUUAAUUAUUUUUUUAAGUUGAAGUAAGAAUUAGAUACUUUAUUAAUGGUUCUAAUCUUUUGCAUUCCAUGUUACAUUAAACCCGUUCAUAUGAUGAAUAGUCUUUUAUUAGAA